CAUUGUUCCAUCUUCUAACAACCCAACCUUAAUACUUUUCUUCCCUUGGAAAACUUAGUGCGACGACGGCCAUCACAGCUUAGACAUUUUCCAUUAAAUCCAUAGUGUUUGAAUAUUCACUGUGAUUUUCCCACAUCCUAUCUUAACUGUCUUAAUACCUUGUUUGACUGGCUUUGGCGACUUGCGGUCUGACGUCUCUGAUAUCGCAAACUCCUUCGGCGCUACUAGGUAUUCGAGCGGUUUCGUGUUUUGCGACGACUCAUCGGCCGAUAUGGUUCCUUCAUAAUCACGAAUAAACAUAUACACUAGCUGAGGUUUCCAUCUUAUACCCAUCCUGAUACAGCCUUUAGCUAGCUGCGAUGCCACCCCAAUACUCGUCCGCUCUCCACCCCGGCGCUCGAGAUUCCCUCGAACUCGCCUCGUUAGCAUCCUCCGAUCCUGGCCCCGAUACCUAUUCGGAAACAGAUUCAAGACCAUCAAUAUCCUCGUCGCGAAAACUCUCCAUCGAACAAGACGAUCCAUUGGACAAUAAUAAUCUCGCAAGCCGUUCUAAUUAUGUGUCAGGUCAUAGUAGGACAUACUCUGUCACAUCCAACUUCGACUAUGCUGCGAACCUAUUCCCACUUUCCUCCUCCACAGCCCCCGGAUAUGCUCCCCUAGGAGCACCUACGUCGGCGGCGCAACGUCAUGGCGGACUAGGAGGCCCCUCUCUAGAAAAACACAAAACCCUGACGUAUCUGAAUGGGCUAGGUCUGAUAGUUGGCUUGAUAAUUGGUUCCGGCAUCUUCUCAUCCCCUAGCCAAGUCAACGUGAACGUCGGGUCACCUGGCGCAUCAUUGAUAGUAUGGGCGAUAUCGGGCCUUCUCGCUUGGACUGGUGCUGCGAGCUAUGCGGAACUUGGUGGCGCUAUUCCUCUCAACGGAGGCGCGCAAGCUUAUUUAUCUAAGAUCAUGGGCGAGCUGGCUGGUUUUCUUUUCACGUGGGUCGCGGUACUCGUCCUUAAGCCCGGUAGUGCCGCCAUCAUCGCGAUCAUCAUGGGCGAAUAUCUCGUACGCGCCGUAAUAGGAGCCGAAGCCGAGACUGUCAAUCCCUGGAUCAACAAGUGUGUGGGUUUGGUUGGAUUAUUUAUGGUGACCUUUUUGAAUUGUGUUUCGACGAAGCUCGGGACCCGCGUGAAUGAUGCGCUCAUGUUCUUGAAGUUCAUCGCAUUAAUUGGAGUUACUAUAGUUGGAAUUGUGGUAGCUCUUACCGGAUUCUCUUCAUCUGGGACAGCUAAUAUGGAUUGGAAAAACCAUGCCUGGUUUGACGGCACGAGCAAGGACGGAAGCCAUUGGGCUGUCGCACUAUACGCCGGGCUCUGGGCUUUUGAUGGUUGGGAUAAUACGAACUACGUGGUGGGCGAGUUUCGGAAUCCUUCAAGAGAUCUCCCACGUGUAAUUCACACGGCGAUGCCGCUUGUGAUUGUCUGUUAUCUUCUCGCCAACUUCUCAUACUUUCUUGUCUUGCCCCUGGAUGUUCUCAAUUCGACCAACACAGUCGCCGUCAUGUUCGGCAACAAGGUAUUUGGUCCAAUCGGCGCGCUUGUUUUUGCUCUUAUUGUCAGCGCCUCAUGUUUCGGUGCUCUCAACUCGGCGACUUUCACAAGUAGUCGACUUGUUUACGCUGCCGCCAAGGAGGGUUACGUUCCAGCCGUUAUAAGCCGUGUGGGUAUCGGCUCUCGCGAACCCGGAAUGGCGAAUAUGAGGACGAGGAAUUGGUUUUCUAAGCGAUUGCAUAACAUGAUUGGUGACGAAGACACGGGGCUCUUCUUUACGCCGAUAUAUGCUUUAGCAUUAAACGGUGUUCUAACGGCUGUCUAUGUUAUCGUUGGCGAAUUUGGAGAACUUGUGACGUUCUACGGCGUGGCAGGAUACUCCUUCUAUUUCCUCACAGUCCUCGGACUUAUCAUUCUGCGAGUUAAAGAACCACAUCUGGAAAGGCCAUAUAAAACUUGGAUCACGACACCAAUCAUAUUUUGCUGCGUGAGCUUAUUCUUAUUAAGCCGCGCAGUCUUCGCCCAACCCCUAAAGACGCUCAUCGUUGUAACAUUCGUUCUUUCCGGAAUCCCAAUAUUUUUCUGGAGAAUACAGGGUCGGGAUCAGGUCUCCAAACGGGAGACAAGCUCGGAUGAGAGGUCACGAGGAUGGAAGUUUUGGAAACGAUGGCGGAGAUGAAGAUCACGAUACGAAUAUUAACUGGCCCCUUAUUUGGGGUGGCGUUUUCAAUACGCUUUGUGCAAUUAAACAUAGCAAGCAUUCUGUAUGAGCAUCGGAUCAAACGGAGUACAGGGAGUCAUACAAUCAUCCUGAUUCCAGCUGGUGGCAUUAGUAGAUAGCAUAGGUGGCGCAGAUACAUGCCCUUGCAGUGUAAUACAUACGAACGAAUAAAACUACAUUCAAACG